AGAAGCACAUACUGAUCUUAGUGAUUGAUAGUGUUUCCUUUUUUGGGUCAUUCAGGCUUCUUUAUGUAAUUUUUCUCUGCUUACAAAUCUCCCCUCUUUUAAUUCAUCUUGCAUUCCAUUAAACAAUGAAAAUGGCAUAUUACCAUUCAUCCUUUCCCCUCUGUAGGAAACACUCAUCAUUGCUCCCAACAAUCGUUUUCAACCUUAGAAACCUGAGCUUCUAAGAUAUUCCCUCCUUCCCAUUCUUCCAUUCCUUCCAUUCUUCCUCUCUUUCUUCCUUCUUCUUCCUCCUCCUCCUCUCUCACCCCAUUUAAAUAUCACCUCCUUCUUCCUUUUUUAUCCCACUCUCACUUUCAUCACAAACCAAAAAAAUGGAUCCUUCUUCCACCAACUCUGUCAAUGGCUUCUACUCCUUUCUGACUCGUGGGAUCGACGAUCUCGAAAGAGUCUAUCUUUCCAAUAACUUCAUGUCAAUCCAAUUCCUCCAAAGGGCUCUCUCUCUUCUCCGAUCCUUCCACUCCCACCUCACUCUGCUCGUCCAAAAGCUUCAUUUACCCGUCGGGGACAAAUGGCUUAAUGAGUACAUGGACGAAAGCUCCAAGCUUUGGGAAGCCUCUCAUGUUCUCAAGUCCGCAAUCUCUUCCAUGGAGAACUACUACACCUCCGGCUGUAACAUCACCUCCACCCUCGACUCUCACCGCAAUCUUACCCCUCAGCUCUCUCGCCAGGUCGUGCGCGCUAUUUCCGGGUGUCGGCGUGAGGCUUUUGGAUUGGAGGAAGAAAACAGAGCGAUGAUGGAGACGAGAAUCGAGCCGCUGUCUUUGCGUUUCGACGAGAGAGUCUCCAUAGAAUCGAAGCUGAACGGGUUCAACGGAUUCCGGGGAGUUCUGUACGCAAUGAGGAACGUGAGCACGUUGCUGCUGACGAUCCUGCUGUACGGGCUGGUGUUCUGCUGGCCGGAAUCGAGCUUCUGCAGAGGAGGGUACAACGAGCAGGGGUGUAUGAUAUUCGGAUCACCGUUCAUGAUAUCGACGGCGAGAUUGCAGCAGAGGGUGGCGGGGGAGAUCGGGAGGAUCAGCGAGAGGAGGCCGGGGAUACUGAUGGACGAGUUCAGGAGGUCGAAGAUGGCGAUGGAGGAGCUGAGAGGGGAGAUGGAGAGGAGGGGGACGAUGAUCAUGGAUUGGGAGAGUGAAAGUGGGAUUAGGGAGAGAGUGGACAAGUUGAGAGGGUGUUUUGGGGUGUUGAGAUCUGGUGCUGAGAAUAUCAGUAGCCAACUUGAUGAUUUCUUGGAUGAAAUUGUGGAAGGGAGGAAGAAGCUUUUGGACUUUUGCAGUCAUAGGUAGAAGAAGAACUUACUUCUCAAGUUUAGGAAAACCUUGUCAAGAAAUGAAAAGUAAAAAAAAACAAUUACAGAGUAGGAAGAGAGGUAUUUACUAUUAAGUACGUAGA